AUGAACGACGAAAAUGAUCAUUCUGAAAAGAAACAGGAUUACGCCAGAGAAAAUGCAGCAUUUGAACUGGAGGAAGAUGUAUCUUCCAAACAUCCAGGUGACCCAAAGCCUGAAACACAUGCAGGCAAGAGGAAUUCCAAAUCCAAAUUCCUGAGGAAAGUAUCUGAGUCUGCCUCGAGAGCAAAGUCGGCCUACAAAGCCCACUUGACUGUAAUCAAGUCCAUCAUCUUGGCCAUACUCCUUGCAGGGUUUCUAGCAUUCCUCAUCACUGCCUGCAUACUCAACUUUCAUCGGGCCAUCGCCCUCUUGGUCAUGACCUGUGUCGUUGCGUUCUUUGUGGUGUAUGACCUCAUCAAGAGAUUUCUGGGAAAAAGAAUCAUCCAUUUCUUCUCACCUGUGAGUUCGUGGCUCAAGCAACACUCUAGAUGGUUUAAAUGGAUAAUCAGCGUGUUGGCUUUGGUGGGUUUGAUCACCUGGUUGGCUGUUGACACUGCGAAGAGGCCCGAGCAGUUAAUCUCCUUUGGAGGGAUGUGCAUGCUCAUCAUCAUACUCUUCAUCUUCUCCAGAAAACAUCAGGCGGUAUCUUGUCGAGCUCUGUUUGUGGGACUGGGCCUGCAAUUCGUUCUGGGAAUCUUGAUCAUCAGAACGGAACCCGGCUUUCAGGCUUUCAAAUGGCUGGGUGAUCAAGUCCAGGUGUUUUUGAACUACACAAAAGCAGGGUCCAGCUUUCUGUUCGGAGAUGAUCUCAUCAAUGGUCUCUUUGCAUUUCAGGCCCUACCGAUUGUGGUCUUCUUCAGCUGUGUGAUGUCCAUUCUCUACUACCUGGGUGCAAUGCAGUGGCUGAUUAUAAAGAUUGCGUGGUUGAUGCAGGUUACCAUGGGAACAUCAGCUACAGAGACUCUGAGCGUCGCUGGCAAUAUCUUUGUGGGGCAGACAGAGUCGCCACUCCUCAUCCGGCCAUACUUGCCUGAGAUGACCAAGUCUGAGAUGCACGCUGUAAUGACUGGAGGGUUCGCCACAAUUGCUGGCAGUGUCCUUGGGGCUUACAUCUCCUUUGGGAUUAGUGCCUCCAGUCUGAUUGCAGCAUCAGUGAUGGCAGCCCCUUGUGCACUGGCUCUGUCAAAGCUCAGCUACCCAGAACUCGAAGAAUCCAAGUUCAUGAGUCAAGAAGGAGUGAAGCUAGACUGUGGAGGAGAACAGAAUAUUCUAGAAGCUGCAAGUAAUGGUGCCUCAGCCUCCAUUGGUCUGGUUGCGAAUAUUGCUGUGAACCUCCUGGCAUUUCUGGCAAUUCUAGACUUUUUAAACGCGGCUCUGUCCUGGUUCGGAGGGAUGGUGGACUACCCAGAGCUUAGCUUCCAGGUUAUCUGUUCCUUUGUCUUCAUGCCCAUCGCCUUCAUGAUGGGAGUGGACUGGAACGAUUCCUUCCUCGUUGCUGAACUGAUUGGGAUCAAGCUGUUCCUCAACGAGUUUGUGGCCUACCAGAAACUUUCUGAGUACCAGAAAAACCGCUUGAAUGGUGUCGAAGAGUUCAUCAACGGCAAGAAGCAGUGGAUUUCCGUCAGAGCAGAGACGUUAUCUACGUACGCACUUUGUGGAUUUGCAAACUUUUCAUCAAUCGGGAUAAUGUUGGGAGGACUCUCUUCCAUGGCUCCAAUGCGUAAGAGCGAGAUAGCGUCCAUUGUCAUGCACGCCCUGUUUACGGGAUUUGUUACGUCGCUGGUGAAUGCGUGUGUCGCAGGAAUCCUCAUUGUGCCCAUGGAAUCCAUACAUUGUGUGAGCUACCUCAACACCAGCACUUUCAAUGUCAGCAGUGAGAAUCUAUUCACCUGUUGCAGAGACCUCUACAGCAGCGUGGUACCCAAUGUGACUGGAACGAUUACAUUUACUGGAGAAUGGUCAAGUGUCAACCAGAGUCUAACAUUUUUACAUAACUGUUGUGGUUUGUAUAACAGCAGUGUCUGUACAGUGUGAAUGAUACCUUUUCCCAAUCUACAUGCAGAACAAACCUACGCUUAU